GGGAAUCAAGUGCACCGCUGGCUUGACAAGCACGCAGGGAGGCGCCAGCAGCCGCAGAUAGGACCGGGCUCAUGGGUCCCAGCUCAAGGGCUUUAAAGAUCAAGCAUUUUGCUUUCUGUUUCCAGUGAUGGUCAAAGCGUGCUGUAUUAAGAGAAGUGCCACAGAAGACCUUAAAGUCUGGAGAAAAAUGACCUCUUGUGGAAUAUGAAAUUCACCUUCUGUUGCAAGUUUUUCUCUUAUGAAUCUCAGAGAGCUGAACAUAUGGCUUACUGAUCAAACUCCUCAACAUGCAUCAACUGUUCAGGCUGGUUUUGGGACAAAAAGAUCUUUCACGAGCUGGGGACCUCUUCUCCUUAGAUGACUCUGAGAUUGAAGACAGCUUAACAGAAGCUUUGGAGCAGAUUAAAAUAAUUAGCUCAUCAUCAGAUUACCAAACCAAUAACAACGACCAGGCUGUGGUUGAAAUCUGUAUCACAAGAAUCACAACAGCCAUCAGAGAGACAGAAUCCAUUGAAAAGCAUGCCAAGGCCCUUGUGGGGCUCUGGGACUCCUGCUUGGAACACAACCUAAGACCCUCUGGCAAAGACGAAGAUACUCCUCAUGCAAAAAUUGCAUCUGAUAUCAUGAGUUGCAUUUUACAGAAUUAUAACCGGCCCCCUGUGAUGGUGUUAGCCAUCCCCAUUGCAGUGAAAUUCCUGCGCAGAGGCAACAAGGAGCUGUGCCGGAACAUGUCUAACUACCUGUCCCUGGCUGCGAUUACCAAGGCGGAGCUCCUUGCUGAUCACACAGAAGUUAUAGUAAAGAGCAUACUGCAAGGAAAUGCCAUGUUGUUGAGGGUAUUACCUUCAGUGUAUGAAAAGCAGCCUCAGCCAAUUAACAGACACCUGACAGAUCUCUUGGCCCUGAUGUCUCAACUGGAGCAACCAGAACAGUACCACUUGCUACGGCUUUUGCAUGUAGCAGCAAAGAGGAAACAACUGGAGGUGGUCCAGAAAUGUAUUCCUUUUCUAAUCAGGAAUUUGAAGGACCCAACCCAUAACGACAUCAUCCUGAACAUCCUUAUAGAGAUAGCUGGCUAUGACCCGGUGGCUUUGAGCAGUUUUCUUCCAACACUUAAAGAGAUUGGUGAGAGAUUCCCCUGUCUCAUUGGACAAAUGGUGAGGAUCUAUGGAGCUGUUGGGCAUGUGGAUGAAGAGAGAGCCAGGAGCUGCCUAGCGUACCUGGUGAGUCAGCUGGCCAACAUGGAGCAUUCAUUUCACCAUAUUCUCCUGCUAGAGAUCAAGAGCAUCACUGAUGCCUUCUCCUCCAUCCUGGGUCCUCAGAACAGGGACAUCUUCCGCAUGAGCAACAGCUUCACCACCAUUGCCAAGCUCCUGUCCAGACAACUAGAAAAUACGAAAACUCUUAGUGACAGGAGAAAAACCAGCGCUGAUAUUGGACUCCCUGAGAAACUAGGAGAAGUCAACCUUGGGGCAGCUAAAAAUGAAGACCAUGAAAAGCUCCAAGUUAAAAUCCAGGCUUUUGAAGACAAAAUAAAUGCUGAAAGCAAUACCCCUGGAUCUAUCAGAAGAUAUAGCUUAGGCCACCUUUCUAAGGAAGAAAGAAAAAACAUUCGAUUUAACAGGUCAAAAAGUUUGGCUUUGCAUACCGUACUCACCAAGGGUAUGAGUUCAGAUGACGGGGCAGACGAAGAGGGUGCAGGAAUACCGGUCAGCGUCUCUCUUUCAGACAUAGACCCACUCAGCCCUGGGAGUGACCAGUCGCCCCUUAAGACAGACACCCACGCAGCUCAGCUGAGAAAUUCUUCAGCUUCACACCCAAGUAUUAUACAUAUAGAAUCAGGAAAUGUUGAAGAAACUAUUAAAGAAAACUUCGAGGGAGAAACUCCAGAGAAAACCACAAAUCCUAUAGAAUACCAAGAUAAGCUCUACUUGCAUCUAAAGCAAAACCUCAGUAAAGUGAAAGCCUAUGCCGCGGAAAUCAUGAAGAAGAUCCCAAUUCCCGAUCAGUGCACCAUUGAAGACACCGUGAGAAGUUGUGUAGCGAAGUUCUUCUUCACGUGCUCCCUGAAGGGCCAUUACUGCCUGUACAGUAAGUCCAGCUUCAUUCUCGUCAGCCAAGAGCCCCAGCCGUGGAUCCAGAUCAUGUUUCUCUUCCAGCAGAGCCUGUUUCCUGAACCCCUGUCUAUACAGAGUCAUUCUGUGCAGUUCCUGAGGGCCCUGUGGGAGAAGGCUCAAACAGGGGGUGCCCACAGCUUUGAAACCGCCAUGACAGAGUCCACAUUUCCUCAACAGAAGGACCUGGACCAAGUACAGCUCCAUCUAGAAGAAGUAAGGUUCUUCGACGUGUUUGGCUUCAGCGAAACAGCGGGAGCGUGGCAGUGCUUCAUGUGCAACAACCCCGAAAAAGCAACAGUUGUAAAUCAAGAUGGCCAGCCUCUCAUAGAGGGAAAGCUUAAAGAGAAGCAAGUCAGGUGGAAGUUCAUCAAACGGUGGAAAACUCGUUAUUUUACACUGGCUGGAAAUCAACUUCUGUUUCAAAAAGGAAAAUCUAAAGACGAUCCUGAUGAGUCUCCAAUAGAACUCAGCAAAGUACAAAGUGUGAAAGUGGUAGCCAAGAAACGCAGGGACCGCUCUCUCCCUCGGGCUUUUGAAAUCUUCACAGACAAUAAAACCUACAUUUUCAAGGCCAAAGAUGAGAAGAAUGCAGAAGAAUGGCUGCAGUGCAUCAACGUGGCAGUUGCUCAGGCAAAAGAGAGGGAAAGUAGAGAAGUGACCACGUAUCUGUAGGGAUUUGCAUCCUGGCCUCGUGUGACUAUGCAUAACAGGAAUUGCUAAUGUCAAAAGAGCAAUCCUCAAACCAUACUGUUUUCCACUAAAUACCAGUGCAAUCAUCUCUUAAGAAGAAGGGCCUAAGACACCAGGCUUCUCCACAGAGUUCAGGCCCUAACAGUGGUCGGAAGCAAACACGGAAGAGGAGCUAGAGUGCGCCCUCAGCUGGCGUGGGGCCAGACAGCGAAGCUGUGAAUGAAGGGACUUCGGUAGAUAUGCCAUUUAAAACUGUCGGAAAACAACUUUAAGGGAUCCAUGAGCUACUUAUUCUGAGGAAGGACUGUUAUUUCCGAUAAUAAUCAGUCUGUCGAGGGUAUUUUUAAAAAUAACUAGCUAGAAAAGUUUAAUUAAUGUGCAAUGAAUAAAACCACUUACUUACAGAUAUUACAUAACAUUGAUAUUCUCUACACAAAUGCCACUAACAUGUGGUAAAAAUGGUUCUCAAAUUAAGCCAUUCAUAGAAUUAAAUGUCUGCCUUUCAUAGUAAUGUAUUUAAUUAUUCCUUUUAGUAUAGUCUAAAAUUUAGACAGUUGGAUAUAUCUCCCACCCAAAACAGUAACUGUAAGAUGGGACAAGCAUAGAAAGUAAUUUUUUCCGUCUUUCAAAUGUAUGUCUUUUCCAUUAAACAUGAGGACUUCAAAGUAAA